CAUUACUUCAUUCUAUUAAACACUCCUCUCCUUCCCCAUCCCUCCAGUUCCAAUGGCAGCGGUCUAGAUGUUGAGCGUCAAAACCUUAGCAGAGAGCCCCAACCUCACCUGCAUACCGCCGGCCUAUUCCUUCCUUUCCUCCUCACAGGCAAUAUCCAGCCCAGAUGACAGAGGAGGAGGUGAACAGCCAAUUCCCAUCAUUGAUUUCUCCCUCUUGACCUUGAGUACUCCUGAUCAACGGUCCAAAAUCAUACAGGAGCUAGAUUACGCUUGCCGAGAGUGGGGCUUCUUCAUGGUGAUCAAUCAUGGUGUUGAUGAGGGCCUGAUGAACAGUAUGCUGGAGGGGUGUAGAGAAUUUUUCGAUCUGACAGAUGAGGAGAAGAGGGUUAACGAAGGGAAGCAUGUGUUGGACCCUAUCAGGUACGGGACCAGCUUCAAUGCUUCUGUGGAUGAAGUCUCCCUCUGGAGGGAUUAUCUCAAGGUCAUUGUUCACCAGGAGUUCCACUGCCCAAACAAGCCUGCAGAUUUCAGCAACGUGCUACAAGAGUACACUAAGGCAGUUCGAGAUGUGGUGAGGGGAUUACUAGAAGGAAUCUCCGAAAAUUUGGGACUGGAAUCUUGCUAUAUAAACAGGGCUUUGGAUCUUGAAUCGAGUCUGCAGAUCCUCAUUGCGAACCUAUACCCGCCUUGCCCACAGCCCGAGCUGGCAAUGGGGCUGCCCUCUCAUUCGGACCAUGGCUUAUUAACUAUGCUCAUAGAGAACGGGAUCAGCGGGCUUCAAAUUCAACAUAAGGGCAAGUGGGUCAACGUGAAUGCAGCCCCAGGAGCAUUCUUGGUUAACACAGGCGAUCAUGUGGAGAUUCUGAGCAAUGGGAAGUACAGGAGCGUACUCCACCGAGCAGUAGUGAACAACAAAAGUACGAGAAUAUCCAUUGCUUUGGCGAAUGGACCAUCACCUGAAGCGAUUGUUAGCCCUGCAGAGGAGCUGCUAGGAAAUGGAAGCUCUCGCGCAGCCUAUAUCGGGAUGAAGUACAAGGACUAUGUUGAGCUUCAGCAGAGCAACAAGCUCAGUGGGAAAUCCUGCCUUGACCGCGUAAAGAUUUGGCCUAAAAUGCCAGGAGAUUACUAAGUUCUACAAAUCACGGAGUCUGUUCUGCGAAUACAAAUAAAUUCUGAUUCUUCAGGAGUAUGGAAGAAUUAUCAUACAAAAAUUAAUAGUUUUUAUGAUAUGUGUAGUACCUGAGUGAUACCGGAAGAGAAGAAUAGUUUCUAUUGUUGGAUCAAAUGGAAUAUCUGUGCAGGAAAACUAUUGAAAGUUGCUCUAUUUCCUCUGUUUCCGAAAGUGAA